GUACGGGGCAAUCACAGCAUCCGCCGGCGAACGGUGGGUUCGUACGACAUGGAUGGCCGCGAGGUGCAGAUCGAGUGGCAGUAUGCGACAGAGCCGGGCGGCAAGGGCUUCCUCGUGGUGGUCGAUGGCCCGCUGCGCCAACCCUUCAGCGACUAUAUGAAGAAUACCGAGGAGAAUGCCACGUACGAUGGCCAGGAUCUCAACACCAGUAACCUGCACAUGAUCGCACGUGAUCGGCGUAUCUCCUUCAACGAUACCCACAAGGUGUACAACCGCCUUGAGGCCAUGAAAGUCGCCAAGGAGCAGGCACUGGUGCGUGAAAAGGCUGCGGGCUACGUCAAGGAUGGCCGUGACGUGCCGGCAGAUGAGCUGAUGACGAAGUACAAGAAGACCAUCCAGGUGAAGCUAGGUCUCUGCCGGCCCAAGGGCGUGCGCCCCAGCACGGAGGAAGCGCCGCCCUCCCCCGAGGUUCCGCAGACGGCGACGCCCUCGAAGCCGCCGCCAGCACCUGUGAAUCCAGCGAGGUCGGCAGAUCCCGGACCCCCAGGGCCGAGCCCCGCGGGGCGGAUGCCCAGCGCCCAGGGAGCUCCCCCGCCGUUGAGUCCCUCACCGCAGCCGGCGAAGCGAAAAACCCUGGAGAGGCCCAACUUGGCGGCAACGCCGCAGCGCGAGCCGUCCCAGAUGCCAGGUACGGGCGCGGGCACGCCAGGGCUCCCGUUGCCCCCGCCACUGCCAGUGCCUGGACGAGGGGCCUUUGCCUCACCAAACCCGGUGUUGCUGGGCGCAG